UUGAGGGAGAACAAUAGAUCUAAAGAGGCAGCACUGUGUUCUAUAUACGGACUCCAAGAGGUCUCCCUGACAGCACAGAGAACCUGGUGCAUUGAGGAUGUGUGGGGGAUUAACUUUGACUCUUUUGUCCCUGGCUGUGGGUCUGCUUCUCUGUGGACAAAGGACUCUUUGUCAACUCCUUCCUGACCUUUCUGAUCCUUGUGCUAGCUCAGCUACCCAGGUUCAUGAUAACGAUAUCGCCUAUUUUCCUCCCUCCCUGCUCCCUCAAAACGAGUCGCCUAGCAACAGUGGAAGCGAAGACAGGAAGAAAAGGGGAGCUACCAGUGAGAAUCGAAAGCUGUGGCCAAAUGGAGUCGUAUAUUACACCUUUUCAAGCAGAUUCAAUGCUGCUGAGAGGAGACAGAUACUGGAGGCAAUGAAGCAUUGGGAAGACCACACCUGCAUUAGAUUCAAGCACCGCUCAAACCAGCCGCACUAUGUCAACUUCUUCCCAGGAGCAGGUUGCUGCUCCUAUGUUGGGAGAAUUGACUAUGGCCGUCAACCUCAGGGAGUUUCGAUUGGUCGUUCCUGUUUCAACUUUCACCCAAUCGUCCACGAGAUCGGCCAUGUUGUUGGUUUCUGGCACGAGCAGAGCCGACCGGACCGUGACGAAUACAUCGAUAUCAUCGAAGGCAACAUAGUCCCUGGUUAUGAGACAAAUUUCCAAAAGAUUCCGUCAUGGCGGAUUGAUUCUCAAGGAGUCGGUUACGACUACAACAGUAUCAUGCACUACGAUUCCAACUUUUUCUCCAGAAAUCCCUUUGUAGACACCCUCAGGGCAAAGGACCCGUCCAUCCCAGUGGGGAAAGCUCGAGUACUGAGCGAGUUGGAUAUCGAACAAACAAAUCUAUUGUAUACGUGUGAUACGAACAACAUGCCCCCGCCCAGUGUGAUCCUUCUUCCUCUGCCCACACCCCCUCCAUUCCCCACCGUGCCCUACUCCUGUGUCGAGCAUUUGACGGCUCUGAAAGGAUCGUUCCAGUCUCCUGGCUACCCACUCUAUGAGCACAAUACGGACUGUGUCUGGAUGAUCAAGGUUGCCGAUGGUUACACAAUUCAGCUGAUAUUUGAUCCAAUUGAAUUGGAAAACACGUACCAGUGCGUCAAGGAUUACAUCAAAGUGUUUGAUAAUCUCCAUGGAAGCGGGGACGGCCAAGUGAUUUGUGCCUAUUACAAUGUCUACAAUUACAGACUACAAACAAACACAGCACGGAUACAUUAUCACAGUGACCAUGACAACGAUCGAUCACACACACUCACACCACUCGCUGGAUUCAGGGCCUCUUAUAAAGUCGUAGAUAUCGACGAGUGUGUGUAUACGCACUGCUCUCACAGCUGUCGCAAUCUUCCCGGCUCCUACGAGUGUCGAUGCCCUCGGGGCUUCUUCUUGUCUGCAGAUGGACACAAUUGUUUUGACAUGAACGAGUGUGCUCUUGGCAAUGGAGGAUGCGAUCAUCAAUGUGUCAACACGGGAGGAUCCUUUAGUUGUGGGUGUCGCCCUGGUUACAAGCUGCAGGCUGACAGCCACUCCUGCCGACUGGAAGGAACGUCAUGCAGUCUGUAUAAUGGUGGCUGUGAGCACAUCUGCAGUGAGACUCCGUCCAAUAAGAUCUGCUCCUGCAGAUCUGGCUACAAGCUGCACAGUGACAGGCGCUCGUGCAUUGAUGACAAUGAGUGCCACUUCCAGCGUAGUGGGUGUCGCCAUGUGUGUACCAACACACACGGUUCCUACGUCUGUUCAUGUCGUGACGGGUUCAAGUUGGAUGCUGAUCAACACAACUGUCUUCCUGAACAUACCUGCUCCAUGGACAAUGGUGGGUGUGACCAGCUGUGUAGGGACACAAGCUCCGGUGCCGUCUGCAGCUGCAGGAGAGGGUAUCGCCUGGCAACUGAUGAGCGCUCUUGUCAAGACAUUAACGAGUGUUCAGAGAGUAGGUUCUGUCAGGACAUCUGUACCAACACUAAUGGCUCUUUCGUAUGCUCCUGCUCCGAGGGACUCACACUCGACCACAACUACAGAACCUGCUCCGAUAUCAACGAGUGUUUGACUGGUGAUAACACGUGUCCAUUCAAGGAACGUUGCAUUAACUACUUUGGCACGUAUCGAUGCUCCUGUCCCCCUGGUUACCACACCACCCCCAGUGGGCAAGGAUGUGAAGAUCAAGAUGAGUGUGCCCAGGGAUUCAGUGCAUACUGCUCCCACACCUGCCGUAACAUUCCCGGCUCCUUCCAGUGUGAGUGCCCCCCAGGCUAUGUUCUACAAGACCUGUACACAUGCCGAGACGCAGACGAGUGUAUCAGUCGGACAGAUGAAUGCAAUCGAGCCUCCGGGGCAACUUGUCAGAAUUUGAUUGGAUCAUACCUUUGUAAAUGCCCGGAUGGAUAUAUUAUGGAUGACAGUGGACGUAGUUGUAUAGAGUCAUUGCUUGGUUACGAGUGUGAGUAUGCUGACGAAUGUGACGAGGGUUUUGUGUGUGCGGAGGGGGAGGGGCUGGACUACAUGACGUGUCAGUGCCCACCCGGGUUCUCCCUGUCCAGUGAUGAAUUCUCUUGUAAAGAACCCCUCACUACUGCUAAAGAUGUCACGACCAUGGUCCAACCUAUUGAUCCCAUCACCUCACCCAUCGUGACAAACAAUCCUAUCACAGAGCACUCCACUGAUGUUAGUACUACUGAAGACCUGAAAGCUUCAUCUACUGUAUCUGCAAGCUCUAGUGAAACAGACUCUUCAGCGAUUACAAAUACUUUACAAGAAGGCAACAGUGAAGAGGCGACAUCGCAAACCAGUAAUGCUCCCACGAUACAAUUGAUAACCGACAUUGACAUUCCGUCUACAAAUAUGCUACAAACCACAUUUGAUGGCUCUACAACAAAGACUGUUACUGUAACAGAAUCUCCAACCACAAUAUCACAUGCAAGUACUGAUUCUAUUAGCUCUGUAGUCACGGCAGCUCACCCACCCACAACAAUAACCACCACGCAACCUCCCCUGCCCUCAACCAGUUCCUCUACCAAGCAUAUCACCACAAACGAACCCAUGGCAACCAAACAAGCAUCUACUGAUCCUCAUUCACCAACAAACUCACCUUCAACUGUUGUAUCUACAAAAUUCCCCACUACAAACUCACCAACCCAACCCUCCAAAGCAUCCAUCACCACAAAACUUGAAUCUAGUACUGAAGCAGUGCUCUCUACUGAUAUACCUCCCAAAGAAUUAUCUACCAUAUCACCCCUCACUACAACAAGCAAAAAGAUACCAUCAAUAGAUACUUCACCUACCACCCACUCCACUCUGCCUUCUACACAGAACUCGGUCACCAAAUCGUCAACAAUUUUUACUGCUGUACCCUCUACAAAAUAUACUACCUCAAACUCACCAAUGCUUACAACGUCAACUACUACACAAAAAAUGACACCCCCUCCCAGUACUAAAGAACCAUCUACAAAUACGCCAGAGAGCUCAUUCGAUGCUACCACCCUCAGUGAAGGAACUAUGGUAACAAACACCUCGAGCACAAAAUCACUUUCACAUACCGAACCCCCCUCACAACCCCCAGGAUGUGGUGGGCAUUUCUUUGAAGACAGUGGCUCUUUCAAUUCCACAAAUUGGCCAGAGACUUAUCCGGUAAAUAUUGACUGUGAAUGGACUAUUGAGCUACCCGAUCCGAGCAAAAUCAUCGAGCUGUCAUUUAAUCAUUUCGUGUUUGGAUUGAGCGGUAAAAUGCCUGAGUGCAAAAAAGACUGGAUAAAGGUGUACGACGGUCACAGCUACGAUGAUGAUUGGUGGGGUCCAUUAUGCUCGUUCUGGAAACCUGAUCCAAUCAAAACGACUUCACACAGAGCAAUGAUUGUGUUCCAUUCUGGCCCGCGACACAACAAAUCGAGGAAGGGCUUUAGACUUAUGUUUUCAUCCGUUGAUAGACCCACUAUUACUUCUCCACUCACAACUACCACUUCACUAUCUGAAACAGAUGAAUACACAACUAGUAAUGCGGUGGCUACUACUACUGCGCUAGGAACUACAGCUGUGACAGGGGACGAUAUGGAGUCAUCCGAAGAUGUGUGCAUUGUUCCCCCUCCUCCAAUUGCUUCUGAUGGACUGUUCCAGUGCUACGCAUUUAUAGCUCCAGGAACAAAGUUUGGACCACCUCGUUUCCCAUUGUUCUUUGACACACAUACUGCUAGACAGUGCCACUGGAUUCUUAUUUCAAGCUCACAAAAGGUCCACCAGUUGCGAUUCUUGUAUUUUGACCUCCCGUUAAGCUCGAAUUGUUCCGAGGCAAGCCUUAAAGUUUACAGCGGGUUCAACACCGAAGGAGAUGAUUUGGCCACCUUUUGCGGGGAUUUAGAGCUAGGGCGGAGGACACUUACAUUAGGUAGUAGCCAUGGUGUUAUGACAGCUGUGCUGAAAGUGAAUGCGCCAGAGAGUUGUAGUUUUAGAGGAUUUCAUGCAGUUUUUGAGGAAGUACUCAAUCCUUAAUUAACUAUUUCAUUGACUGGUAAUAUUUAUUGCUUUCCAUUAUGUUUGUCCCACCUCUUCUAUCAUCUCACGUAUAUACAGUUAUACAGUGUAUAUUAUUAUGGUGCACAA